CUUCAUCUCCCAGUAAGCAUUGCAAAAGAGGCUGACUUCCGGAUGUCAUCAGCCGGACAUUGGUGAGAGGUGGCGUGGGUUUUCUGUACAUUCUGCGAAGCAACAGACUAAAUAGAUACAGUAUCCCCUGUGCCAAAAAAUGACGGAGCGCAAGGGAACAGCAAAGUUGGACUUCUUGAGAAAAAUCGAGCUGGAAAUCCAAGCUAAAUGGGCGAAGGAGAAGGCCUUUGAGAAUGACGCACCGACAACACUCGGGGAAAGUGCACACAAAAACAAGUAUUUUGUCACCUUCCCUUAUCCGUACAUGAACGGGAGACUACAUCUUGGUCACACGUUCAGCUUGUCAAAGUGUGAGUUUGGGGUUGGUUACCAGACCUUGAAAGGGAAAAAAUGCCUCUUCCCAUUUGGCCUCCAUUGCACAGGAAUGCCAAUCAAAGCCUGCGCAGACAAGUUAAAGAGAGAGAUGGAGCUGUAUGGAAACCCGCCACUUUUUCCUGAUGAGGAGGAAGAGAAGGAGGAGAAGCCAAAUGCAUCUGACGAAAUUAUCAUUAAAGACAAAGCCAAGGGCAAAAAGAGUAAAGCCGUAGCCAAAUCCGGUUCCGCCACCUUCCAGUGGAACAUCAUGAGGUCUCUGGGCCUGAACGACCACGACAUUGCUAAGUUCGCCAAUGCCGAACACUGGCUGGAGUAUUUCCCUCCUCUGGCUGUCAAAGACCUCAAACUGAUGGGCGUCAAGGUGGACUGGCGGCGGUCAUUCAUCACCACGGACGUCAACCCUUUCUAUGACUCUUUUGUCCGGUGGCAGUUUGUCACCCUAAAGGAGAGAAAAAAGAUAAAGUUUGGGAAACGGUAUACCAUCUACUCUCCUAAGGAUGGACAACCAUGCAUGGACCAUGACAGGCAGACGGGAGAGGGAGUCGGGCCUCAAGAGUACACUCUCAUCAAAAUGAAGAUUAUUGAACCGUACACUGCAAAAUUCAAAUCCAAGGUUUUUUACAGCAGUGCCAUGAAGGGAAAAAACAUCUACUUGGUGGCCGCCACUCUUAGGCCGGAGACCAUGUUCGGUCAAACCAACUGCUGGGUGAGACCCGACAUGAACUAUGUCGCCUUUGAGACCACCGGCGGGGACGUCUUCGUCUGCACCAAGAGGUCUGCGAGGAACAUGUCCUUUCAGGGCUUCACCAAGGAGAAUGGAGUGGUUCCUGUCGUCAUGGAAAUACUGGGACAGGAUAUCCUUGGCUGCGCUCUGAGUGCUCCUCUGACCUCCUACAAGAUCAUCUACGCUCUCCCCAUGCUCACCAUCAAGGAGGACAAAGGGACGGGGGUAGUUACUAGCGUGCCGUCAGAUGCGCCUGAUGACAUCGCCGCUCUAAGGGACAUCAAGAAAAAACAAGCGCUGAGAGAGAAGUAUGGAAUUGAGGACAAGAUGGUGCUGCCGUUUGAGCCGAUCCCUAUUAUAGACAUUCCAGGUUACGGGAACCUGUCUGCUCCUAUGGUGUGUGAUGAGCUGAAGAUCCAAAGCCAGAAUGACAAGGAUAAGCUGGCUGAGGCUAAAGAGAAAGUCUACUUGAAAGGAUUCUAUGAAGGGGUUAUGUUAGUUGAUGGCUACAAGGGGCAGAAGGUCCAGGAUGUGAAGAAGCCCAUCCAGAAGAUGAUGGUGGAAAGGGGCGAGGCCGCCAUUUACAUGGAGCCAGAAAAGCAGAUCAUGUCCCGUUCAGCCGACGAGUGCGUCGUGGCGCUGUGUGAUCAGUGGUAUUUGGACUACGGAGAUGCUGAGUGGAAGAAGCAGGCCAAUGAAGUCCUCAAGCCUUUAGAGACAUUUUGCGACGAGACCAGAAGAAACUUUGAAGCGACUUUGGACUGGCUACAGGAGCACGCUUGCUCACGGACUUAUGGGCUCGGAACACGGCUGCCUUGGGACGAGCAGUGGCUGAUCGAGUCCCUCUCGGACUCCACCAUCUACAUGGCGUACUACACUGUGGCCCACCUCCUCCAGGGAGGCGUGCUCAACGGGCAGGGGAGCUCACCCCUGGGAAUCAAACCUGAGCAAAUGACCAAGGAGGUCUGGGACUUCAUCUUCUUCAAGACGUCCCCCUUCCCUAAGACGGACAUCCCAAAAGAGCAUCUUCAGAAGUUAAGGAGGGAGUUUGAGUACUGGUAUCCAGUGGAUGUGCGCGUCUCCGGCAAAGACUUGGUCCCCAACCACUUAUCUUACUAUCUCUACAACCAUGUGGCCAUGUGGCCCAAUGACAGUGGGAAAUGGCCCCAGGCGGUCCGUGCUAACGGUCAUCUGCUCCUUAAUUCUGAGAAGAUGUCCAAAUCAACUGGAAAUUUCCUGACUCUUAGCCAAGCUAUCAAAAAGUUCUCGGCAGACGGUAUGCGUCUGGCUCUGGCUGACGCCGGCGACACGGUGGAGGAUGCCAAUUUCGUGGAGACCAUGGCGGAUGCCGGCAUUCUGCGCUUGUACACCUGGAUCGAGUGGGUGAAGGAGAUGAUAGCCAAUCAGAACAACCUGAGGACCGGGCCCGCAGACACCUUCAAUGACCGCGUCUUCGCCAGCGAAAUGAAUGCAGGGAUCUUGAAGACGGAGCUGCACUACGACAGAAUGAUGUACAAAGAUGCUUUGAAGAGCGGCUUCUUUGAGUUCCAGACCGCCAAAGACAAGUACAGGGAGCUGGCUAUUGAAGGCAUGCACAGAGACCUGGUCUUCCAGUUCAUAGAGAGACAGACGCUGCUGCUGGCCCCCAUCUGUCCACACCUGUGCGAGUACACCUGGGGACUGCUGGGCAAGACCACGUCUCUGAUGAAGGCGUCAUGGCCCGUCGCCGGUCCAGUGGAUGAGGUUCUCAUUCGGUCUUCACAGUACCUGAUGGAGACGGCGCACGACCUCCGACUGAGACUCAAAGCUUAUAUGCUUCCAAGUAAAAAUAAGAAAGGUGACUCCAAGCCUCCCGCCAAGCCUUCCCACUGCACCAUCUACGUGGCCAGGAGCUACCCGCCAUGGCAGCACAGCGCCUUAUCCUUGCUCGCAAAACACUACAAGAGCAACAGUGGCGUCCUCCCAGACAACAAGGUGAUAGCAAGCGAACUUGGAGCGCUGUCCGAGCUGAAGAAAUACAUGAAGAGGGUCAUGCCUUUUGUGGCCAUGAUCAAGGAGAACCUUGAGAAGAACGGGCCUAGGGUUUUGGAUCUGGAGCUCGAGUUUGACGAGCGGGCAGUUCUCACUGAGAACCUGGUCUACUUGACCAAUUCUCUCGAGCUGGAGCAGAUCGACAUCUUGUUUGCGUCCGAGGCCGACGACAAAAUCAGGGAAGACUGUUGCCCGGGGAAACCGUUCUCUGUGUUCAGAUCAGAGCCCGCAGUGCGCGUUUCCCUGGUCAACCCUCAGCCUUGCAACGGCGUCUUCUCUACCAAGCUUGACAUCCGACAGGGCGACAGCAGGGACAGCAUCGUCCGCAGACUCGCCAAAGUCAACAGACUCAUCAAAGAUCUCUCCAAAGUGAAGCUGAUGAGAUACGAGGACCCUUUGCUCGGGCCACGUCGGGUUCCGGUGUUGGGGCAAGAAGAGCAGGGCAAGGUGCUCAUUUCUCCUCAGUCUGUGUUUAGCAUCAACCUGGAGGAGAAUAAAGUCACAGUGGCUGACGACGGCCUCUCGAUGGACAUUGGAGACACUCUAGCCUACCUGGUUCUUUAAAAAUCUCUCACACGGUACAUGAAGGUAUCAAGGCAUGUUACAACGCAAAUUAUUUGUGGAUUAAGGAACAUUUUUUAUAGCGCAAGAACGUCUCAGUUUUAAAGCAUAAGACAGCUCCUGUUGUCAUAGUGAUGGGCGUGUGUCUUUUGUACAUCAUGGUCUCUCCUGGAUGGCUUGUCCAUCGUGCGCUUUUUUCCAAAAAAAAUAAUAAACACAUUGAAAUGAAA